CUACAGCUUUCUUAUUUAAUCCUAAUCUUCUGGGGAAAGUUUUUUUCUCUUACAAGGUUGUCCGAGACUUCAAAAGCUACGGAGCGAAUGCUCUCUUCGAGGGACCAACAGAGAUUAGUCUCUUCUUUCCUUGGCAUCGCUGUCGGGCAGACAGCUGAAACCGCUCGGCAGUUCUUACAGGCAACGAGCUGGAAUCUUAAUGAAGCUGUUCAGCUUUUCUACGUGAGGGAGACUCUUUAUGGUGACCCAAUGUAUUAUGGUGACUCAAUGUAUUAUGGGUAUACAAUGUUGGGAAACUAUGAGCGUGAACUGGUUUCUUUGAUUGAUUUCCUUGACUUCAGCGAAGAGCCAAAACGCCCUGGAGUUUGGGAACCAGAUGAGGUUGCCUCCUCUGCCUCAGCUUCAGCUUCUACAUCAGGUCCUCGGCAUAGCUUGGCCUCGUUGUACCGUCCUCCUUUUCAUCUGAUGACUCAUGGCUCCUUUGAACAGGCAAAAAUUACGUCUACUGCUCAGGAUAAAUGGCUUCUCGUUAACCUUCAGUCCACCACUGAGUUCAGCUCUCAUAUGCUAAAUAGAGAUACUUGGGCAAAUGAAGUUGUUUCUCAGACGAUCAAAGCCAACUUCAUCUUCUGGCAAGUCGAUGAUGAUACCACGGAAGGAAAGAAGGUGUGCACAUACUACAAGCUAGAAUCCAUUCCUGUGGUGCUUGUAAUUGAUCCCACAUCUGGUCAGAAGAUGAGAAUGUGGUGUGGAAUGGUCGAACCAGAGACUUUGCUACAGUAUUUAGUGCCGUUCUUGGACGGUGGUCCUGGUACACACUUUGCUUCUCUCUCAAAGAAACAUCCAAGAGGCAGCUUCUCAUUGGCUCCUCAUUCCAAACCCAAAGAUGAAGAAGAAGAAGAGCUACAACGAGCAUUGGCUGCUUCCUUGGAAAACAACGGCAUGAAAGAGUCUUCUGAUGAUGAUACAUCACCAAUAACAACGCCUGAAGAAGCAGCUGUUGAAGCAACGGUGCUGCCAACGUACCCACCUCUGCCUGAAGAACCAAAGGGAGGUGACCGCAGCGUUCAAUGCAGAGUUGGGAUACGUUUACCAAAUGGACAAAGGCUCCAGAGGAACUUCCUUAGAACUGAUCCAAUUCAGCUUCUCUGGUCUUUCUGCUAUUCUCAGCUUGAGGAAUCAGAAAGGGAGAAGCCACUGAAGCUAACACAGGCGAUUCCAGGUGAAUCAAAGACGUUGGAGUAUGAAUCUAACUUAACCUUGGAGCAAUCUGGUGUUGCCAAUUCCAUGAUCUCUGCUACGUGGGAGUGACAAGAUCAUUUAUGUAAAAAACCUAUCUUAAUUAUCAGAUUAGUUAUUUUAGAAUGAUCAUUUGAAGAAAGAACAAAUCUAUGAGUUUUUUUUAUUUGCAAUGAAUGAAAUAUCAUCAUC